AUGGGCGUCGAUGAGAGGACAUCUGCGGAGGUGCUUCCUUCAAGGGACUCCGCAACCAUGUUUUCCGACGAAGAAGACGAGUCUAAGGCCAAUGUCCUGCCAAUGGGGUGGCAGUUGGUGGGAAUCAUUGGCAGUCUCAUGAUGGCGGUCUUCUGCAUGGCAUUAGAUAAUACCAUUAUCUCAGUCGCAAUCCCCAAGAUCACCACGGAGUUUCACAAUCUCAACGAUGUGGGCUGGUAUGCUUCGGCUUACCUGCUCCCAGGAUGCGCUUUCCAACUCCUCGCAGGCAAGCUAUACACACACUUCAACAUCCGCGAGGUUCUGUUCGGUGCGAUCUUCGUCUUCGAAGUCGGUUCAUUGGUAUGCGGUGUGGCACCAACCUCGACCGCGCUGAUUGUCGGCCGCGCCGUAGCCGGACUGGGUAGUGCUGGUAUCUUCACUGGCGCACUGGUUUCCAUCGCCCAUGUGACCGCAUUGGAGAAACGACCCCUAUACUUCAGUCUGAUUGGAGGUGUCUAUGGCCUUGCCUCCGUUAUUGGUCCUUUGCUCGGCGGUGCCUUCACCGACAAAGUAACCUGGCGCUGGUGCUUUUAUAUCAACUUGCCUCUGGGUGCCGUUGCAGUCGUAGGUCUGCUGCUCUUCCUUCGAAUGAAGCCCCGACAAGGCUCGCAGAAGCCUUGGAAACAGAUUUUCUGGAGCUUGGAUCCUUUCGGCACGCUUCUCUUCGUCCCAUCCAUCGUUUGUCUCCUCCUAUCACUGGCAUGGGGCGGCUCCACCUACGCCUGGUCGGAUGGUCGCGUCAUCGCCCUGUUCGUCGUCUUCGGCUUGACCCUGAUCACUUUCUGCUACCUCCAAUGGCACUUGAAGGAGAACGCGACAGUGCCGAUUUCCAUUGCUGGUCAGCGCACGAUUGCUUGUGCAUCGCUUUUUGAGUUCUGCCUUGGCGCUUCUUUCUUCAUUUUUGUGUACUUUGUGCCGCUUUGGUUCGAAGCGAUCAAAAACACCUCAGCAGUCACCGCAGGUGUCAACCUUCUCCCCCUCAUUCUCUCCGAGAUCGUCGGAAUCGCCAUCUCCGGCGCUCUCGUAACUCAUCUGGGCUACUUCAGCCCCUUCUUCAUCUCCUCCUCCGUGGUAAUGUCUAUCGGUGCUGGUCUCUGUCUCCUCUUUGACGUAAAUACCCCUACCUCCAAGUGGGUCGGAUAUCAAUUCCUGUACGGCUUUGGAGUGGGUUUGGGAUUUCAACAGGGUACUGUUGCUGCACAAGCCGUGUUGCCUUUCAAUGACGUCGCCACUGGCACUGCGGUCGUGGUGUUCUUGCAAAUUCUGGGUGGAUCCAUCUUUGUGUCUGUCGCGCAGAACCAGUUUACAACAAAGCUGGUCAGCAACUUGCUCGCACUCGAUAUUCCAGGGUUGAGCCCUCAGGGGAUCGUGUCUGCGGGAGCCACAGGAUUACGCGAUUUGGUGUCGGCGGAGGAUUUGCCAAGGGUUCUGGUUGCGUAUAAUGACGCGAUUGUCAGUGCAUUGAUGGUGGGUGUCAUCGUCGGCGCUAUCAGUAUCUUUGGCGCGCUUGGGGUGGAGUGGAAGAGUGUGAAGCAGCCGGAGGGGGAGGGGGAGGAAGGAGGGAUGGUUGUGCCGACCGCGGCAUAA